GUCGUGCAUUUCACAAUGUUGUAAUUGACAGUAGUUUCAUCACAGGAAGGGAUGAGGAACUUAUAACAACUGUUCACCCUGCACAAAUGUUGGAUUAAAAGACAGAAGAAGAACCCAGCAGUGCAUACAGGAGAAUAAGACCAAUAAAAUCGGGUAAGGUCUUCCUCUGAAGAUUCCACUAACUUCUGCUGACAUGCCUGGAACCAGAAAUUAUUUAACAUUGCUUUUAUCAUGGAGUUUGACCACUUGGUACAUAGAAGCACUCACCAGUCCAGGUAUUCAGCUUGAGCCUGAGCAGACGGUAUACAUAGUGGGAGAACGUAUCACAAUGAGAUGUUUGGCUAACAAUCCAUCCACUGUUACUGGAUACACUUUUUACAAAGACUCAGCAGAAACCUUAAAUACUUUGAGUAAUAUUAAGACCUUUGAUCUAAAAAAAAGUGAUUCUGGAACUUAUUUCUGCACAUAUAACACAGGAUAUGGAAGUAAAUCAGCAGAGAGCAUCAUUUUAAAUCUUAAAGUAUUGGACCAACCUCCCACACCAUCCCUCUUUUUGACACCCCAGAGACAUGUCUUUACAAAAAAUCAGUCAGCAGUCCUUCAAUGUCAACUACCCAAUGAACAGUCUUCUGAAGUAACUGAAAUCACACUUUAUCAAAAUGGAAGAGAAACAGAUGAAUCUGAUAACUAUGGAGUUCUGAGAUAUACUGAACUACAGAUAAAGAACACUGGAAAUUACUCCUGUGGGUAUUCAGUUAAAGUGUCAGGAAGAAUCAUUCAAUCUCGCCUCACCAAAGAAGAAGUUUUGAUUGUGAUAGAGCAACCUCCAAUGCCAAGGUUGCGUUAUGACUACAGCCAUCAAAAACGAACUCAGCAAGUAGAACUGGUAUGUGACGUACAGAAUCCUUCCUUUCCCCAAAUCCAUGGAUAUCGUUUUUAUCGAAAUGGAAUAGAAAUAGUAUCAAGUAAUCAGGUUAAUCCUUUUACCUUGGAUUACACGCUGUUUUUUGAUGGAUGCUACUCCUGUCGGGCAUUUGUAACAAUAUUAGGAGAAGAGAUCCUAUCUCAAAGGAGUUUAGAGCAAUUCUUGUCACUAGAAGGUACAGACCAAGGACAAUGCCAGGAGAAUAUGUCCGAAGACAAUAUCGUGUCAAAAGCAGGUUUAAAGUUCUAUGGAAGCCUACUUGCUGGAAAACUCAUUGUCUUAACAUUUGUACUUGCUGUCUUCGGUAUCUACUUACUUGUAAUUCAACAAAGAAUUAAGAAUUAUGAGACAGAGGCACAGCGAUACAACUGAAAAAAGAACAAAUUCUGCUGCCUUCAUUUACAAGAACUUGCGCUGCCAUUCAUCAUGCAUGUCUUUUAUUCCCUUACACACCAGAAGUUAAAAAACAAAGUGGAUUUCCAUAAAAAUAGAUCAGUUAUUUAAGGCCUUGAGCUCAUUAAAGCAAACUUGUCAACAAGACAUGAAAACUGCAUUAGCAGACACAUGUGUACCUGAUCUGGGGAUGGCACACACAAAGGCCUAAUUUACAAUUGCAGUUGAGGAGCAGUAAAAAAAAUACAGUUGAGCCCCAUCCAGUCCUGCAAAGGCAUCAGACACUCAGUGUAAGUGUAAACUUGCCACGGUGCAUUGAAAACUGUCCCCCCGUCAAGUUCAGUGGGCAGUAGCGCCCACUGAAUGCAACCAAUUCAACUGCAUGGGGUGCACCACAACCCUAUGCAAUGCAUAUGGUUGCCGUGUGGUGGUGUGACUUCUUAGGGGUUUAAACAAGUAGUAAGGAGACGACAUAGAGCCUCCUCUCUGCUUAUCAAAUGCUCUCUGAAGAGUGAUCCACAGAUGAUCACUCUUGAGAAGGCUAACGCUAAUGCAAAAGGUCCAAAGGUCAUAUAUACAUAUUGAUUUUUUUAAAUUGGUACUUGCAUUUAGUUUAGGACAGUCCUGUUUUCCUACAUGACAGUGCAUGGGCCUGGUGAUUAACCACUUAGCCUCUAAACAUAGUGACCUGUUAGCUCUUCCUGUGCCGCUCAGGCUCAAUGAGUAAGGGGUGUAUAGGCAGGUACCUCCGCAUCUGCUGCUGAAGGUGCUGGCAGGGAAUGGAGCCCGUCCUUGUUCCUGCAGUGGCUCAAAACAGAAAGGGGUAGUCCUUGACGUCGUACAUCUGAGA